AUGAUCGAGUCCCUCAAGGUCCCCGAGUUCCGCGUGGCCACCUCCAUCGAGACCGACAAGCUGGACGCCCUCUACAAGCGCCUCAAGCCCGCUGGCGUGACCAUGACCGCGCUGCUGGCCAAGGCCGUGGGCAACGCCCUCGUGAAGCACCCCGUCCUGUUCGCCAGCUGCACCCCCGACGGCGCGGGCAUCACCUACAACGAGCACAUCAACGUGGCGCUGGCCGUGGCCAUGCCCGACGGCGGCCUGAUCACCCCCGUGCUGAAGGACGCUGACCGGACCGACCUCUACCAGCUGUCUCGCAACUGGGGGGACCUGGUGAAGCGCGCCAGGGGCAAGCAGCUGGCGCCCGACGAGUACAACAGCGGCACCUUCACCAUCUCCAACCUCGGCAUGUUUGGCGUGGACACCUUCGACGCCAUCCUGCCGCCGGGCACGGCCGCGAUCCUCGCGGUGGGCGGCAGCAAGCCGACGGUGGUGGCCACCGCGGACGGCCUCAUCGGCGUCCGCAAGGUCAUGCAGGUCAACCUGACCGCGGACCACCGCAUCGUCUACGGCGCCGACGCCGCCGAGUUCCUGCAGACCCUCAAGGCCGUCAUCGAGAGCCCCGAGCAGCUGCUCUGA